AAAAAACACACACGCACACACACUUUCAACAUGAGUCUCUUGCCCCACUUAUGUAUCACUUCACAUCCACACCACACCAACAAAUAACAAUCCAUUUAUACCCACAAAAGCACAAUCUUUUUUCUUUUUAUCUUCCUUUUUUUGGCUAAAAAUGUUGGAAUCUUUUCUUAUAUUCAUGGUCUUCAAGAUUCCUACCAAGAAUCAUAAAGGUAAGAGCUUUAUAAUUAAGACUUCAUCUUUUUCUUGUAUUUGCUCUCUUUUAGCUCUUGUAAUCUUGUUGGGAUUUGCUGAUUGUGUAUUAUGUAAUAAAGAGUCUAUAGAUUCAGCUCCAUUGGGUUUUGAAAUUUCAGGGUUUGAUAAAAAUGUUAAAGUUAAGAACUUGGUGUCAGAAAAUGGGGUUUUUCAGUUUGGGUUUUUGGAGAAAGAUGGUGGUGAAUUUGUUGUGGGAAUUAGGUAUAAUUUAGGCCCUAAAUCUGCAAAUUUGCCUGUUUGGACGGUUGGUGGUGGAGUUAGGGUUUCAAAUAACUCAACUUUUAGACUUUCCAUGGAUGGGAGGUUAACUUUGGUUGAAAACCAUAGUAAUUUUAUUGUUUGGAGUAGUGAUACGUCAAAUAUAGGUGUCGAAAAAGUUACCCUUUUGAACAAUGGCAAUUUAGUGCUAAUGGGCAGUGAAAGUAGGGUUGUCUGGGCAAGUUUUGACCGGCCGACAAAUACCUUGCUUCCGGGUCAAACGCUCCAUUACCCUCAAAAUCUUAGAGCCUCUUCCACAAAAUCUGUUAGUAGUUACUAUACGUUUGUGAUUCGAGAACCCGAAGGGUUGGCUUUAAUGUGGGAAAGUAAUAUCACUUAUUGGACAAUCCCUUUGAGUUCAUCACCAGCGGCAAUAAAAGAAGCUAGGUUUGAUCCUAAUGGUGUUUUAGGGCUUUACGACGACAUGGAAAAGAUGGUUUGGUCGAUAUCAAGUAAAGAUUUUGGUGAAACAUCAGUGAGUUUAAGACAUCUUAGGAUGGAUCAAGAUGGGAACUUGAGAAUUUAUUCUUGGAAUGACGCUGUUCGUUCUUGGAGAGUUGGCUGGCAAGCCGUAGAAGACCAAUGCAAUGUGUUUGGUUCUUGUGGGUUAUAUAGUGUUUGUGGGUAUAAUUCCACUGGGCCCAUUUGUGAUUGCUUGUAUUCUGACUCAUUAGAUUCUGGUAAUGUGUUUCCGUCACCAGAUUCUGGUGCUUCCGGGUGCAAGAAAAUGGUUGAUUUAGGAAACUGUAAAGCACAUACAAGCAUGUCAAUUAUGAAACAAACGGUUCUGUACGGGCUUUACCCUCCUCACGAUAUCGAUAUGAUGUUAAGCGAAAAGGAGUGUAAGGAGUAUUGUUCUAAUGACACCACUUGUUUGGCUUUGACUUCGAAGAAUGAUGGUUCGGGUAUAUGCACUUUGAAAAGAACUGCAUUUAUAAGUGGAUCCACAUCCCCUUCGAUCCCUUCCACUUCGUUUUUGAAGGUCUGUUUAGUUCCUCAAGCAGUUGCAGCCAAAGGAGCUAACCCUAAUGCCACCCCAAAAGCCAUAUCUUUUCCGUUUCAAGUUAACUAUAGAAAGUUUAUAAGUGCGGUUGCAUAUGUAGUUUUGGUGACAGUUUUGGCUAUUUUAGUGCUCGAGUUGUUUAUUGUUGUGUUUGUUUAUCAUAAAAGGCGAUAUGUCUCUCAAAAUAGAGCAUUAAAAGGGACUAAAACGAACAUUCAAGAUAAUGCUCUGAUUCGAUUGUCGUACAAGGAGGUACAGGAAAUCACAUCAGGAUUUUCCACUCAGCUUGGGUUUUUUGUGUUCAAGGGUUUACUUCUCGAAGAAAUGGUUGUAGUGGCAAAGGUGCUCGACGUCACAGUUUUAUCAGAAAAGGAAUUUAUAAAGGCCGUGUCGAUUUUGGGUGGGACCCACCAUCGAAACCUUACGGCUCUAAAAGGAUUUUGUUUUGAGGCAAAACAUAAGAUUUUGAUCUACGAGUGCAUACCCAAUGGUUCUGUUGAUAAAUGGUUAUUUGAUGAUAAAAAGGAAAAGAACUGGCAACAAAGAAUCGAUAUUGGUGUUGGAGUUACAAGAGCCCUUGUAUAUUUACACACCGAGUGUCAAUUAUGCAUACCUCAUGGGAAUUUAAAGCUUGAGAAUGUGUUGCUUGAUGACAAAUUAUUUCCGAAGGUUACAGAUUUUGGGAUCAAAAGUUUUUUACAAAGUGGAGGUUCCUGUUCUUCAUCUGAAGAGUCUCCAUCAGAGAAAGAUAUUUUUAUGCUCGGAAAAAUGUUGAUUGAAAUUGUGCUGUUAAGUAGAAAUACAGUGGCAGAUAGUUUGGACCAAGUGAUGGAUCAAGUGAUGCAAGAACAGAAGUAUUUAGACAGCGAGGAUUUGAGAGGAGUUGAAAGAGUAGUAAGAAUAGCAUUGUGGUGUAUGCAAAAUCAGCCAUUUUUGAGACCUUCAGUUGGCGAAGUGAUGAAAGUGUUAGAAGGUACACUAUCUGUUGAUAGACCUCCAACAAGCUUUGCAUACAGAAACGAUCAUGAUACAGAGAUAAACGUUGCAGGUGUUGUUGCAGAAAUAGAACCGGGAUCCUCAGGGGUAGUUUUGUAAUUCCUGAUGGCCAUGUAGUCUAACUCUAGAUGGUAGUUUACUAGCAUUUAACUGCUGGGGUUCCAAUUUUUUUUUCUCAGAUGGACCCAGAAUAUGAAGCUUUGCAGAUUCGUAGACACCUUUGACAGAUCUCCAAAUCAAGAACUCUCUAUCAAUACGUGCUUAUGAUUGUUGUAGUCCUUGCUCAGUGUAAUUAUAUAUUUAUAUGUAUCAUAUAUACUUUGAUAAACACAAACAUCUGCAGUAAGGUGAUAGUAGUAAUUGCAAGUUGAAAAUAAUUAUGUAACAGGAAUAUGAAUAAGCAAAAUCAGGUAAUCAGCUACAAAAAAAAAAACCUGAAACAGACUGCAGGAAAAUGUUAUAGAUACUAGUUCGGUGUUUGAAGUUAAUGUGGUCAUCAUGUAAAACUGUUCAUGUUUUUGAGAAUUUGAAUGUAUAAGCAUUUACAUGUAAAAUUACUUUUAGAUGAUCAUAAUAAGUUUUGUUGCAA